AUGGCGAGGAAGCUCUGCUCCCUCUUGCUCAUCCACCUCAUCCUCUCGCUUGCCUUCACUGAGGGCGCUCGGGUGCUGCCCAACCGUAAUGGAGCCCUGGAGGAGCAGAAGUGGUGGUUCCACAACGGCGAUAUGGGAUUCGGCGGCGGCUACGGUGGGGGCUAUGGGCUGGACCUGGGAGGCCUGGGAGGCCUGGGCUAUGGAGGAGGCGGUGGAUACGGAGGAGGAUCUGGGUACGGGGGCGGAUACGGCGGCGGCUUCGGCGGUGGCGGGGGGAACGGUGGCGGAGCGGGCGGGGCUUAUGGAGGCGCUGGGGGGGGCGGCUAUGGAGGCGGUGGGGGGGGUGGCUAUUGGGGCGGUGCAGGUGGCGGCUAUGGAGGCGGCGCCGGUGGCCAAGGGGGAGGGUACGGAGGAGGAGCGGGGGGAGGCUAUGGAGGAGGCGCCGGCGGCCGCAGUGGAGGGUACGGAGGCGGAGCGGGGGGAGGAUAUGGAGGUGGCUCCGGCGGCCGCGGGGGAGGAGGAUACGGAGGCAGUGCGGGUGGCUAUGGAGGUGGCGCUGGCGGCCUUGCCGGAGGGUAUGGGAAUGGUGGCGGCGGCGGCUGGGGCGGAGGUUCUGGUGGUGGUGGGUACGGCGGUGGCGCCGGCGGAGGCUACGGCAUGGGCCGUCCAUGA